AUGAUGCGUUUGCACUCGUUUCUCGUGGCGGCUCUCGCCGCCUCACCUACUGUGGCGCUCUGGCCGAUCCCCGUCGAUAUUUCCACCGGCAACAAAACGCUCUACAUCGACAAGACCAUCAACAUUACCUACAAUGGCGCAGCUCUCGCCUACACGGGCUGUUACAACCCCCCCGCGGGCAGCAAAUUCACCUCCGAGUCCAUCGUCCAGGGCGGGCUCACGCGGUGUCUCAACGCCAUCUUCAACCACGGCCUGGUGCCGUGGAUGCUGCACCAGCCCGGCGCCGAUUUCCAGCCGCGCUGCGGGCCUUCGGAGAAGAACCGCGUGCACACGCUGGCCAUCACGCAGACGGGCAAGGACGACGCCGCCGGCGCGUUCAAGCCGCUCGCCGAGCAGCGCGACGAGUCGUACUCGCUCAACGUGACGGCGGACGGCGGGGCGAGCAUCACGGCCAAGACGGCGAUAGGCGUCCUGCGCGGCCUCGAGACCUUUUCCCAGCUCUUCUUCCAGCACGCGGCCGGCGGCGCCUGGUACACCAUGCAGGCGCCGGUGCGUGUCGCCGAUGCGCCCAAGUACGCACACCGCGGCCUGCUGCUCGACGUCAGCCGCCACUGGUUCGACGUCCAGGACAUCAAGCGCACCAUUGACGGCCUCGCCAUGACCAAGAUGAACGUGCUGCACCUGCACGUCACCGACACCCAGUCCUGGCCGCUCGAGAUCCCCGCCCUGCCGCUGCUGGCCGAGCGCCACGCGUACGCCAAGGACCGCACCUACUCACCGGCCGCCCUGGCCGAUCUGCAGGAGUACGGAGUCCACCGCGGCGUGCAGAUCAUUCUGGAAAUCGACAUGCCCGGCCAUUUCGGCAUCGAGCGCGCCUACCCGGACCUCUCCGUCGCCUACAACAAGCGUCCGUACACGCAGUACUGCGCCCAGCCUCCCUGCGGCUCGCUCCGCCUCGGCAACAAAAAGGUCGAGGAAUUCCUGGAUAAGCUGUUCGAGGACCUGCUGCCACGCGUGUCGCCCUACACGGCGUACUUUCACACGGGCGGUGACGAGUACAAGGUGAACAACUCGCUCCUGGACCCGGACCUCAAGACAAACGAGGUGUCCGUCCUGCAGCCCCUGCUGCAGCGGUUCCUCGACCACGCACACGACAACGUUCGCAAGCGAGGCCUUGUACCCAUGGUCUGGGAGGAGAUGGUUAGCGAAUGGAACGCGACCAUCGGCAAGGACGUGGUGGUACAGUCAUGGCUUGGAGCAAAGAGCGUGAAGAAGCUGGCCGAGGCCGGUCACAAAGUCAUUGUCAGCACCGCUGACGCCUACUACCUCGACUGCGGCCGCGGCCAGUUCAUCGACUACGAAACCGGCCCUGCCUUUCAGAGCGCCUACCCCUUCACCGACUGGUGCGUGCCGACCAAGAACUGGCGGCUCAUCUACGCCCAGGACAUCCGUGCCGGCCUCGCCGAUGAGGCGGCCGCCAAUGUCAUCGGCGGCGAGGUCGCCCUCUGGACAGAGACGGUCGACGCCACGAGCCUCGACACCCUUGUCUGGCCGCGCGCUGCCGCCGCGGGCGAGAGCUGGUGGUCCGGCCGGUCCGGUGCUGACGGAAAGAACAGAUCCAUGUACGAGGUGCGCCCGCGCAUGUCCGAGAUGCGAGAGCGGAUGCUCGCCCGAGGUGUGCGGGGAGCGCCCAUAACGCAGCUGUGGUGUGACCAGGCAGACACGAUUGACUGCUCUGGGGAGUAA